AUGCCGAUCCUCAAGCAACUCGUCUCCAACUCUGCCCAUUCCAAGCGGCGCUCGCGGGCCGACCUGACGGCCGAGAUGAUCAGCGCGCCCUUGGGGGACUUCCGCCACACCAUGCAUGUGGGGCGUGCGGGGGACGCCUUCGGGGACACCUCCUUCCUCACCACCAAGGCCGGGGAGCCGGAG